CUCCACAGAAGUUAAGGGGACUUAAUUGCGAUCCCAAAGAUGUAGAGGACUAUUUGAUAAUAUUAAAGAAAGCCCUUGAACCUCUCCAAAACCUUAAUUCUGCUGGAUCACCAAAAAUCGUUCGCAGAGAAGAGAUGAGCAGCAGCAGCAACUGGCGAUCCCUCCUCCUCCGCAUCGGCGACAAGUGCCCGGAGUACGGCGGCUCCGGCGACCACAAGGAACACAUUGAUACGUGUUACAGCGCAAUCUUGCGCGAGUGGGAGAAUUCUAAAGAUGACAUCUUUGAGCUUCUUCUUCAAUGUGCAGAACAAUUGCCCCACAAGGUUCCUUUUUAUGGAGUACUGGUUGGUUUAAUUAAUUUGGAGAAUGAGAACUUUGCUAAAAAAAUUGCAGAUUCUACCCAUUCAAGGUUCCAGGAUGCAUUGUAUUCUGGAAAUUGUAAAAGGGUUCGCAUAUUGUUACGGUUUCUAACUGUGCUGAUGUGCAGCAAUGUUAUCCUACCAGGUUCUUUAGUUGGAAUAUUUGAAACGCUGUUGUCUUCUGCUGCCACUACCAUAGAUGUGGAUAAUGGAAAUCCUUCUUGGCAAUCACGUGCUGACUUCUAUGUUACUUGUAUCCUGUCCUCUCUUCCAUGGGGAGGUGCAGAGCUGGUUGAGCAAGUUCCUGAAGAUUUUGAGAGAGCCAUGGUUGGAGUACAAUCCUAUAUAAACAUCCGAAGCCGUUCUCAGGAUACCGGCUUCACAAUUUUUGAGGCACAGAAAGAUGAGACUAUUGAAAGAAAGGAUUUUCUAGAAGAUUUAUGGGAUCGUAUACAGGUCCUUUCCAGUAAUGGUUGGAAAGCUGAAAGUGUUCCAAGACCACACCUCUCAUUUGAAUCACAGUUGGUGGCUGGGUCAUCUCAUGCUCUUUCUCCUAUUUGCUGUCCGGAACAACCUGCACUCCCCUCAUCACAUUCUACAGUUGCCUUUGAAAAAGAAAAGCAUGAAGCUAUGAUGAAGUAUCCACAAAGGCUUCAUAGGCUCAAUAUAUUUCCCUCCGAUAAAACUGAGAUUAUGCAGCCUAUAGAUCGUUUUGUUGUCGAGGAAUAUUUGCUGGAUGUGCUUCUUUUCUUCAAUGGAUGCCGCAAAGAAUGUACUUCCUUCCUGGUUGGUCUCCCUGUGCCCUUCCGCUAUGAAUAUCUGAUGGCAGAGACGAUCUUUUCCCAGUUGCUUUUACUACCCAAAGCACCAUUUAAGCCAUUAUACUACACAUUGGUCAUCAUUGAUCUUUGCAAGGCUAUUCCAGGAGCAUUUCCUUCUGUGGUAAUAGGAGCAGUCCGUGCACUAUUUGACAGAAUCUCUGACAUGGAUAUGGAGUGUCGCACAAGGCUCAUUUUAUGGUUUUCUCAUCACUUAUCAAAUUUUCAAUACAUUUGGCCUUGGGAAGAGUGGGCUUAUGUUAAAGACCUUCCCAGGUGGGCCUCUCAACGAGUUUUUGUUCAAGAAGUAUUAGAAAGAGAAAUUCGGUUAUCCUACUGGGAUAGAAUUAAGCAGAGCAUUGAAAAUGCACCAGAACUAGAGGAGUUGCUUCCACCGAAGGGUGGGUCUAACUUCAAAUAUAGUAGCGAAGAUGGUGGAGAAAGCGCAGAACAUGCACUUUCUGCAGAAUUUAGCAGUAUGGUAAAGGCAAGAAAAAGCGUGCAACAGCUUAUUUCAUGGAUCGAAGAAAGUAUAAUUCCAGUACAUGGCUACAAAGUUGCAGUUGAAGUUGUAAUCCAGACUCUCUUGGAUAUUGGUUCAAAAAGUUUCACUCAUUUGAUUACAGUUUUGGAGAGGUAUGGUCAAAUCAUUGCCAAGCUUUGUCCAGACCAUGAUAGUCAAAUUAUUCUGAUGGGGGAAGUUAGCUCCUAUUGGAAGAACAAUACUCAGAUGACAGCUACAACCAUUGACCGGAUGAUGGGUUACCGACUCGUAUCGAAUCUGGCCAUUGUCACUUGGGUCUUUUCUCCAUCUAAUAUUGAACUAUUUCACCUUUCGGAUCGACCAUGGGAGAUCCUUAGAAAUGCGAUCAACAAGACGUACAAUCGUAUCACUGACCUCAGAAAGGAGAUUGUGUCACUUGACAAGAGUGUUUCAUUAGCUGAGGGAGCUACAAUCAAAGCUCAGAAAGAGCUUGAGGCUGCUGAAGCGAUGCUGGAACUAGUUGAUGGUCAGCCAGUGCAUACUAAUAAUUUAGGGAGGUUAAAACGGCUUAAAGGGUAUGCUGCAAAAGCAAAAGAUGAAGAGAUAUCCUUACGGGAAGCCUUGGAAGCUAAGGAGGCUCUCAUUGCUCGAGCUCUUGAAGAAAACAAGGCACUGUUUUUAUCAGUGUACAAGAACUUUGGAGAUGUGCUCAAGGAAAGACUGCCUCCUGUAUCUGCUGACGGGAAAAUACCAAAUUUGAAGGCUGGUAAUGUGCAAAGCAUGGUUGUGGACAGCGAGGAGACGCCAGCAAUGGAUGUUGACCAUGAGAAUGGCAAAAACACCAGUGAGAUGAAUGGUGAAACUACAACGAAUGGCUACAACAUUGGGGAGCAAGAGCAAUGGUGUUUAACCACAUUGGGUUACGUCAAGGCUUUUUCAAGGCAGUAUGCGACUGAGGUUUGGCCGCAUAUUGAAAUGCUUGUUAAGGAGGUGUUUGUUGAUAAUGUUCAUCCCCUGUUCAAGAAAGCUGCUUAUGUUGGCCUUUGCAGACAGAAUUGAUUUGAACUCGCCAGCCUGUUGUAUACUAGUUGAACUUUACAUUUGUACCUGUACUUUAGCUACUUAAAAACUUUUCCAUACCGCAGCAGUCUAAAGUUCUAACUGGCGCUCACUGCCCUUUACUUUCACGCGGGAAUAUUGUUUUAGUGGUCAUGGAGCGUAACUGGAGAUUAUAUUUAAUUUUCUGUAGCUGUUUACAUGAAAUAAAUAGGUGAGUUUUGGAAACAAAUAUAUAAAAACGAAAAAUGAUUAAUUCUA